AUGCUGAGGGAUGGCACAGGAGGCCCAGGUGAGAGGAAGAUGAAGGUCCUGCUGGUGCUGACGAUGCUGUUUGCCUGCAAUGCCCAUUUUUGCUGUGGAAAGGUGGCAUGGGAGGUUGCUUUCCCUGGUGCUCUUAACCCACCUUCUGCAGUCCUAGGACUGGCCCUUGCCAGCUGCAACCUGGCCCAGUUUGCAGCGAUGAUUAAGAAGAAGACGGGGAAAUCGGCGCUGGCUUACAACGGGUACGGCUGCCACUGCGGCUGGGGCGGCUCCAAGCAGCCCCUGGAUGCCACUGACAGGUGCUGCCACGCCCAUGAUUGCUGCUACAAGAAACUGGUGGCCGCCGGCUGCAAACCCAAGACGACCACCUACAAAUACAGCUUCCAAAAAAACCAAAUCACCUGCGGAAACGGGAAGCCGUGCCAGAAGCGGGCGUGUGAGUGCGACAAGAGGGCUGUGGAGUGCUUCCAGAGGGCAGCCAGCUCCUACCGCAAAUCCUACAGCAACUACCCCAACUCCAAGUGUUGA